AGCUGCCCAACAUCCGCUUCGCGGGCGACCGUAAGCCGAAAGAGAUGCUGCGCUCCGUCUUUUCCUCGCUCCAGAUGCAGCCGUCGCUCGGGAGCAGCUCGGGCAUGUCGGGCGGCGAGGGGUCCGACUACGAGCCGCCAGCACCGCCCCGCAAGUCGUCUGCGGCCGCGGGCGCUGCUGCGACACCCGAGGCAGCAACAGCCGACAAGACGUGCGCGUGGUCCUCGCGCCGGAGGCCAGGGCUGCAGCACAUGUCGACGCAGCAGUCUGUGCUUGCGGAGAAGAGCGGCCCGCCCGAGCCCGUGUCUGUCGUGGUGGAGGACGUGGAUUUCGACGCCGUGUUUGACGAGCCGGCGCAUAGCAUCGCUCACGGCGACGACGACAAGGACGACGCCAGCACAGUCAGCGACACGCACUCUCACGACUCGAAGCUGUUCAGCGGCGGGCUGAGCCACAGCGCACGCUCCGACGCGGACGGGUCGAGCCUCCGCCACCGCAGGCGGCAUAUUGGCUCGGCAGCGUGGUUCAAGCACCUCAUCACGGACACGAUCUGGCCCGCCCUCAAGCACUUUGGGAGCCAGACGUUCCCCGAGCCUAAGAAGGAGGCGAGCUACCGCCGCGAGACGUGGUUCUCGCAAAAGUACCCCGCCAUGUUCUGCGCGAUUUUCUUGUUGUUUGACUGGCUCGUGUCGUUAGGCCUCAGAGGCUACUUCCAGCCGUAUGACUGGGCCAUGUUUGUCGGUGUCCUCGGCUUCUUCACCAUCCCACUGCCAAUCAUGGUCUUGUUCGACGGCACGAUCCGCUUCCGAUGGGUGUACAACACGUUCUUAUUCGUCUCGGUGUGGUCGUGGGGUAUCUUCAUCACCAUUGAUAUGUACAUCUGCAAGGCCUUCAGAACCGACAACACCUGCGGAGGGAACAAGUUCCUCUACCUCAUGGGCUCGAUGCUCGGUCUCCCGACCCUCGCUCUCUUGUGCAUGGGCCAGAACCGCUACCUGCACCUGUUUGGCAUGCUCCUGUCCGUCUUCUUGACCAGUUUCAUGUUAUUCGCGCCCGAGGACGCGCCAAAGUCUACCUGGCGGGAUCCCAUCAUCAUCGCGAUCUACCACGCUUUCCUGCUUAUGGCGUCGUACUUCAAGGAGCAGUCUGAGCGACAGCUGUUCUUACUGCGACAACAGCUCAAGCUGCAGUAUCGUGCGGUCCAAGCUGCGCAGAUCAUGGAGCGCAAGGCCGAGGAGUCGAAGAAGCGCUUCGUGUCUUACAUCUUCCACGAGGUGCGCGUGCCUCUCAACACUGCCCUCCUCGCAGUUCAGAACCUCGAAGGCGAGGGUGUGUUCAAGAACAUCGACGAAGACCAGGCCGACUUGGUCCAUGGGUUGAUGGGCAGUCUCGCCAUGAUGGAAAAGGUGCUCAACGACGUACUCUCAUUCAACCGAAUGGAGUCGGGUCGCUUCUCGCAGGCUAGAAAACCGUUCGACUUCCACAAAUCUAUCCAGAUUGUGGCACUGUCGCACCGAGCGCAGGCCGAGCAAGCCAAUGUCGACUUCAAGAUUGACCUCGAUCCACGGAUAGACCAAGUCGGAAGUCAGUUCGUGGGCGACGAAAUGCGCUUGCGCCAAGUCACCAGCAACCUUGUCUCCAACGCCCUCAAGUUCACGUCCAGGGGCGAGGUUCGAGUUACCACCAAGUUGAUACUGCCGCCACCGGACUCAAACAUUGACAACGAUCGAAGCAGCACAAUCAAGGAGAUUGUUGCGUCGAGCCCGAUCCGCGAGUUUGCACCACAAAGCCCAUUCGGCCACGACGAGCCUUACGAAGAGGAUAUCACUGCCAACGGGCCGCGUCGUCACCGCUCGUUUGAUGCAGAAAAGGGCUCGGUGCUUCUCGAAAUGAGACGCAUGUCACUCGAUCCAAGCAUUCACCUCCGACGACAGACGCCGGAACAGGAUGGGCCUCUCACUCGACAGAUUUCUGUCGGUGGCACUGCCUUACCUCCAACAAAAUCCCGAGUAGUCGUCCGCGUUGAAGUGCACGACACCGGAGCUGGGUUACGGCCAGAAGACCUCAAGAACAACCGUCUAUUCUCGCCCUAUGUCCAGACCGAGAUUGGCAGGAGGCAGGGCGGAAAGGGCUCCGGUCUGGGUCUGGCACUCGUGCGGCAGAUUGUCAAGUUGAGCGGAGGACGUCUGGGUGUGGAUAGCGAGCUGGGUGUCGGAAGCACGUUCUGGUUUGAAAUGCCGUAUGGUAUGAUACCGAGGCAGCCGGGCGAAACCCCCGACCUCGCAACGCCAAGAAUGUUAUUACCUGCGAUUGAAGAACCUCAAGAAGGAGACAAAUCUGUGCAGGCUACUCCACAGCCGCCGUCUGAGUCGCAGUUCGGCGAUCCACCAGCCGAACAACCGCCCUUGACAAUCCCAACAGAAACCCCCCUCACAGAGCGUACAGAUCCGUCGACAGUCAGUCGAGAUCCGUCACCGCCAAGGGACUCGGACGACGACGACCGACCCUUGUCAACGCUCGUGGUCGACGAUGACAACCUUACACGCAAACUCAUGUCUCGAAUGAUCAAACGAAUGGGUCACCAGGUGACCCAGGCGGAGAACGGCCAGGUCGCGCUGGAUCUGAUUACCGCCAAUGCGGUCGACCCAGAAGCCAAGACAUUUGAGAUUGUCUUCCUGGACAACCAAAUGCCAAUGCUCUCUGGCGUCGAAGUGGCACGCGAGUUGCGAGCCCUUGGCAGCGACAUCUUCAUCGUCGGCUGCACCGGCAACGCACUCCGCGAAGACCAGGACGAGUACCUUGGCGCUGGAGCCGACCACUUGCUCACCAAGCCGAUCCACCAAGAGUCUGUUGUGGAGAUGAUUGCGGCGGCGAGGGAGCGAUCCAAUGCCAAACGACGAGGGCCGUUUGAAGGCGACAGCCCUAGACCAAGUCCAGGGCCGUCGCCAAGUGCUUGAGUGCUGUUUUGUUUCUCACCUGCACCUGUACCAUACCACUAGAACUAUUUGUCGUGUCGUGUUUCUUGUGGGAUUAGGGAGUGCACACAUGCAUGUGUAUUUGUAUCUGG